GGGCCCGGCCGCGGCCUGGCCCGGCACGAUGCUGAACGUGACGCCGCCGGCCUUCCCCGCGCCCGGCUCCCAGCAGCGAGCGGCAGCGGGUGCCCGCAGCAAGGUACCUUUAAAACCAGGAAGGAGUCUUAUGGAUUGGAUUCGGCUAACUAAAAGUGGGAAGGACUUGACUGGUUUGAAAGGGAGGCUGAUCGAAGUGACUGAAGAUGAGCUCUCUAAACACAACAAAAAGGAGGACUGCUGGAUAUGUAUAAGAGGAUUUGUAUAUAAUGUCACACCAUAUAUGGAAUACCAUCCAGGUGGUGAGGAUGAACUAAUGAAAGCAGCAGGAACUGAUGGUACAGAUCUCUUUGAUCAGGUUCAUCGUUGGGUCAAUUAUGAAUCAAUGCUGAAGGAAUGUCUUGUUGGGAGAAUGGCUGUCAAGCCUAUUGCUGCUCCAAAAGAGAUUUCUUCUACUGUAUCUGAAGACAAGAAACAACUUAAUGGUGUGCUUCCUGAGAAGAAAGUAGUGGCUUCCUCUGCUAAAGAUUUAAGUCCGAGUUACGACUGGUUCCAAACAGACAGUUUGAUCACAAUUGUCAUAUAUACUAAACAGAAGGAUAUGAAUGCAGAGUUGGUGAUAGUUGACUGUCAAGACAAACGAUUAAGGGGAGAGAUCAUCAUUGAUGACCACUCAUAUCUUGUAGAAGUUGACUUGGAUCAUGCAGUUUCAGAAGAUGUGGCUGUAAAUAUUGCUGAAAAAGUAGGAAAAGUAGAGAUUGUCUUAAAUAAAAAGGAUAACAUUCAUUGGAAAAUGCUGGGACAGCCCCUGGAGGGUCAUAAUACAUUUAUCAAACGCACAGACAGAGGACUGUUCUACAGAAAAUGCAAGUUGGUUUCUAAGACAGAAGUUACCCAUGACACCAAACUCUUCUGCCUAAUGUUGCCUAAGGGCACACUUCUCCAUGUUCCCACUGGACAACAUGUUUACCUCAAACAAAUUAUUGCAGGGACAGAGGUAGUAAAACCAUACACACCUGUGUUGCCUUCUUUGCCACUGGACUUCCAAGAAUCACCUCACCAGGAUGGUGUGCAUAUAUAUUUAAUGAUUAAAAUUUAUUCCCAUGGACUGUUCACACAGGCACUUGAUCACCUACAAAUUGGAGACUAUAUUUCUGUCAGCAAUCCUGAAGGCAACUUCAAGAAGUCACAAGUUCAGACUUCAGAAGAUCUCCUUUUAUUGGCAGGCGGCACAGGUUUCACACCAAUGGUUAAGCUGCUGAAUUUUGCUCUGACUGAAGUUAGCUGUCUCAGGACAGUGAAGCUGAUCUUCUUCAACAAAACUGAGGAUGACAUACUCUGGAGAAACCAACUAGAGCAAUUAGCUCUUAAAGAUGAAAGGUUUGAGGUUCAGUUCAUUCUUUCACAACCAUCAGAAGACUGGGUAGGUAAACAGGGGAAGAUUUCUUCCUCUCUUCUCUCUGAGUUUGUGAAAAGAAGCAGAAGAGACUCCAAAGCACUUAUCUGCAUCUGUGGUCCAACACCUUUUACAGAACAAGGAGUACAAUAUCUGAAGGAUCUUGGAUACUCCCAAGAAGAGAUACACGCUUUUACUGCAUAAACCCAUAGGAGGAUAUCAAUGUUUGUUUGUAUAAUUCAGUGUUAUUUAUUUAUCUUCAUGAAUUUAAAUAAGUGAGAAACAAUUUUGUAAGACUUGAAAUUUCACUCUUGGUACCAAACUGUUUCUUGAAAGAAGCAUAUCUUUGAAAAAAAGUUUUAUACUGUGUUUUAUCUUCUUUUUGUAAAUAUUUUUGCUAAUAUUUAAUUCAUCCAGGGUAUUAAUUUAUUGUAAAGGCAAGCAAAAAGUGAGGUAUACGUUAUGUCAGGUGUUUCAUGUUGUUGGUUCAUGCGAAUUCUUAAAUUUACAAAAGGUCUAAUUAAGGUUUUGACUUGAUAAAGCUUAUUAUUUCUUACUGUAAAAAAUCCAAAGAGCAAUACUGUCUGAAAUUAAAUUGCACUGUAACUCAGGUAAUCUACGGUCAUUGAAAAAUUUUCCUUUUCAUCUGAUGUCUCUAUUUGAUUUGCAGGUGAUGCAGAUACAUUUCUGGCUUUGUAAACAAAGGAGAAAAGUACCUUUGGUAAAAUGUAAAAUAUACAUCAAAUUAAAAAAAAUACACGAUGUAAUGUAUUUCUGCAAAUUUUUUUGUAUUUACAUUUAAGUGUUGUAAAGGAAGAUUUCCACAAGUUUAGUACUUCAGCUGAGAACUCAAAACAGAGCCAUAGAGUCUUGGUCUCCCACAAAACUUCCCGUGUGAUUGAUGUCAAGCAUCCCUUGUUAUGACACAGAUACCAGGGUGAGGACCACACCUAAAAAUAUUUGACAGGUUGCACUAGUAUUAAAUAAGGUUAUUUCCAUCAGUGUGGUUUUUUUACUCCAUUAUUGCAAAUGUGUUAUCAUGAGGCAGUAAUCUGCAGCCUAAUAGUAUUUGGAGAAAAAAGCAGUAAAGCAGCUACUCAUCUUCUAGAUGUUGUCAUUAGUAUAUGGAGGUAUUGUUUUGUGUGACAUCUACUUCUGUUUGUGUUUUCCUGUUGUGUUGAAUGGAUAUUUCUUCCUCCUAUGAAGCAAGACUUGUAGUUGUGGCAUUAAUACAUUAAUGAAAAAUGUCUUAAUGAUGCCCUUUAAAAAGGUUAAAAUUGCUAUCUGACAGUGACUGGCUAUGCUUAACUGAGCUGUCAUCUCUUCAGCGCCCCUCUUCUGUUUAUUGGACUUGAAGUUAGAAAAGGAUCUGGUUGUCAGUUGUUGCCCAUAGGUCACAAGUUAUUUCAGAAGACUGUAGUUGAGAGAAUUCAUAAUUUGGUAUCUAUAGUGGAGUUAAGUGGAAGGACACUUUUCAGAGUUCCAGAAUGAACUUUCUGCUGAAAUAGGCAGAGCUGCUUGUUUUCCCCAGGACUGGCUCUCAAAACUGUAGGAUUUUUUCAGAUGUAAUUUAGGAUUGUCAUACUUCUAAAAGCCUCAGAUAUCCUUUGGAGUUUUGAAUAGGUUUGUUAUUACUCAUAACAGACCUUUGUGUGAGUAUCUCAGCAACAAAUGGUCAUUUGACAUUACUUCAACUUGCUAAUCUAAAUGUGAUACAAUUUUUUAAAAAUACCUGAAGUGUAUCUUUUAAGUUUUACUUAUAUUGUUUUAAUACUUGAAAGACUUGUUGCAGGUUAUAAAUUUUAUAAUACAGUCCUAAAGUAAUGGCCACCAAGCUGAGAAUCUAAAAUCAAGUGGAACUGUUUUUUGAAGGCAGCAAUGCUCAUGGUCUGACUGUUGCAUUAGGAAUCGUCCCAGCCUUAAUGCAGCUGUUAAAAUGGAGCUGCUGGCAGUCAGAUUUGUCCUUGUAAUUAACCUUUAUUGCUGGCAGUGUGAUCAAACAGGCACAAAGCAUUUUGACUGGAAAGCAGCCAGUUCAAAAGGACCUGGGGGUGCUGGUGACAGUGUCUGAACGUGAGCCAGCAUGUGCCCAGGUGGCCAAGAAGGCCAAUGGCAUCCUGGCCUGUAUCAGCAAUGGUGUGGCCAGCAGGACCAGGGCGGUGAUUGUGCCCCUGUAGUCUGCAGUGGUGAGGCUGCACCUUGAGUUCUGUGUCCAGUUCUGGGCCUCUUACUACAAGGAUGACAUUGAGGUACUGGAGCAAAUCUAAAAGAGGUUUCCAAGGCUCAUGAAGAGUCUGGAGAGUGACUCACUCAUAUGAAGAACAGCUGAGGAGAGAGCUGGUGUUGUUUGCCUGGAGAAGAGGCUCAGACAUCCUCACUCUACAAAUGCCUAUAAGGAGUCUGCAGCCACAAGUGGGGGUUGGCCUCUUCUCCCAGGCAACCAGUGACAGGACAAGAGCACAUAAUCUCAAGCUGCAGCAGAGGAGGUUCUGGUUGGACAUCAAGCAGAAUUUCUUCAGGGGCUGUCAGGGGUUGGAAUGGACUGCCCAGGGAGGUGGUAGAGUCACCACCCGAUAGAAUGUUCAAGAAACAACUGGACAUGGCACUUACUGCCAUGGUCUAGUUGGCAAGGUGGUAGUUGUACAAAGGCUGGGCUUCAUCUUAAAGGUCUCUUCCAACCUAAAUGAUGCUGUGAUUCUUGAAAAUACUCUGUGUUCAUGUCUGACCUGGUGUUGGUAAGGUAUAUCAACAAAUUGUGUGAAAAUACUCAGUUGAGUGCUUCCAGUACAUUUCUUCAAUAGAGUGUUCUAUGUUUAGGUGAAUAUCAAUGUUUUACACACAAAACAAUUAUCUUUGCUUAUAUAAACACUGCCUUACAGAUUUUUUUUCCUUUGUAGGAUGACGUUGAAAGUACCAUAACUGGUUUUGUCAAAUUGUGAUACUUUCCCACUCUUUCAUUCUUUGCAUUGUUACAUCUCAAAAGGGGCAAGGGAUAAAAUGACAGAAAAAGAAAAUCAUAAAUAAGUUUUAAACACCUUA